CUAUAUGUGUUUUUCUGAAUUUCUAGGAAUGUAACGCCUCACACACAGGUGGAUUUCAAAGUAUGGAGUCACCACACCCUGAAAGCAGAUGCUCUGUUGGGCAAAGCCACGUUGGACCUAAUUCAAGCCUUGGAACAGCAUGACAGAAAAUUGGAGAAUGUGAAGGAGGUGUUGAAGCUGAGUGUGGAGCAGAAGGGGGCCUCGGUGCCCAUGGGGGAGCUGACUGUGUUCCUAGAUGGACUGACCAUCACUGACCAGGAGGAGCUGGCACCACUUACCAACGGCAAUGCAGCAAAUGGCACCAGUGAGAUCAUUUAUGUUGGAAUGGUCCAGCAGAAUGGUGAUGCCAUCCAUGAAAAUGGAGACUCAUCUUCCUCUUCUUCAAGGGCUGCCAACAGCACAGUGAAUGGUACAGACUUGGGCCCAAGGUCGGGAUCCUGUUCAGCCUCCAGCGGUGCAGAUGGUCAGGUGCCUUCCAGCUCCUGCAGCCCAGCUCUUGGUCGUGUUGUCAAUGGAAACACCACACCCAAUUCCACCCCGGUCCACCAACCCUCAGACAGUGAUACAGAGAGUAGAAUGGUCAAUGGGGAGUCGUGUGAUGCAGGUCUGGGGCAGUCGUCUGCUACAAGAAGUGAUAUGCCGCCCCCUGCAGAUGACCAUGAGGACCGCAUUCAAGAUGCUGCCCUGCCGGACUCUGACAAAGCACCAAAUAGCACAUGUCAAUCCCUGCCAACUUCCACACCUUCUCCAGCCUCCUCUGUUGCUGCUAAACCUGCUGAUAGCACUGCUGCUACCGCUACCGCUACUGCUACCGCUACUGCUGUUGCUACUGCUGCUGCCUCUGCUGCUUCCUCCACAUUUGCCUCUCCCCCCCAGGCAGCCACCACCAUCACAACGUCCUCGUCAUCGUCCUCUUCCUCCCCAGCUCUGGGAGAAGCAAAUGCUUCAGGAGCUGGUGGUGGUAGCAGCAGUAGUAGCAGUACAACUGCAACUACAGAUGGGGCCAAGCCCAGGCAGCAAGUCCCCAAUGCUGGCGCCUCAGAUCCUCUACCACCAGGGUGGGAGCAGAGAAAAGAUCCACAUGGGAGAACAUACUAUGUAGACCACAACACCAGGACUACUACUUGGGAAAGACCACAGCCGCUACCACCAGGUUGGGAGCGUCGAGUAGAUGACCGGGGCAGGAUUUAUUAUGUGGACCACAACACUCGCACAACCACAUGGCAGCGUCCCACUAUGGAGUCAGUGCGCAACUUUGAGCAGUGGCAGAGCCAACGCAGCCAGCUGCAGGGAGCUAUGCACCAGUUUAACCAGAGAUACCUCUACUCUGCAUCCAUGAUGUCUGCUGAGAAUGAUCCUCUUGGCCCGCUACCUCCUGGUUGGGAGAGGCGUGUGGACUCCAACGAUCGAGUGUACUUUGUAAACCAUAACACCAAGACAACACAGUGGGAAGACCCUCGAACCCAAGGGCUACAGAACGAGGAUCCUCUGCCUGAAGGUUGGGAGAUCCGAUACACGAGGGAAGGGGUUCGUUACUUUGUGGAUCACAACACCCGAACAACCACUUUCAGUGACCCCCGCACUGGAAAGUCCUCUGUCACCAAAGGCCCUCAGAUCGCAUAUGAGCGCAGCUUCCGAUGGAAACUUGCUCAUUUCCGCUACUUGUGCCAGUCUAAUGCUCUCCCUAGUCAUGUGAAGAUUACAGUCUCCAGACAGACACUGUUUGAAGACUCUUUUCAGCAAAUUAUGGCCUUGAAGCCUUACGACUUGAGGAGGAGACUGUAUGUCAUCUUCAGAGGGGAGGAGGGUCUAGACUAUGGUGGCUUAGCUCGAGAGUGGUUCUUCUUGCUGUCCCAUGAAGUGCUGAACCCCAUGUACUGUCUGUUUGAGUACGCUGGCAAGAGCAACUACUGUCUGCAGAUCAACCCAGCCUCUGCCAUCAACCCGGACCACCUCUCCUACUUCUGCUUUAUUGGCCGCUUCAUUGCAAUGGCACUUUUCCAUGGCAAGUUCAUUGACACAGGCUUCUCUCUGCCUUUCUAUAAACGCAUGCUGAACAAGAAGCUAAUACUCAAAGACCUGGAGUCCAUUGAUCCAGAGUUCUACAACUCACUCAUAUGGAUCAGGGACAACAACAUCGAAGAAUGCGGUCUGGAGAUGUACUUCUCAGUAGACAUGGAGAUUUUGGGGAAGAUCACGUCUCAUGACCUCAAACCUGAUGGAGCCAACGUCCUGGUGACCGAGGAGAACAAGGAGGAGUACAUCAGUCUCAUGGCAGAGUGGAGGUUUUCCCGUGGGGUAGAAGGUCAGACGAAGGCUUUCCUGGACGGCUUCAAUGAGGUGGUUCCACUUCAGUGGCUUCAGUACUUUGAUGAGAAGGAGCUGGAGGUGAUGCUAUGUGGCAUGCAGGAGGUAGACCUGCAGGACUGGCAGAGAAACACAGUAUACCGUCACUACACCAGGAACAGUAAACAAAUCAUCUGGUUCUGGCAGCUGGUGAAAGAAGUGGACAAUGAAGUGCGACUACGGCUCAUGCAGUUUGUCACUGGAACCUGCAGGCUUCCUCUGGGUGGCUUUGCUGAACUCAUGGGAAGUAACGGGCCCCAGAAGUUCUGCAUUGAGAAGGUGGGGAAGGACACGUGGCUUCCUCGAAGCCACACGUGUUUUAACCGUCUGGACUUGCCUCCCUACAAAAGUUUUGAGCAGCUAAAAGAGAAGCUGCUCUUUGCCAUCGAGGAAACAGAAGGAUUUGGCCAAGAAUAGAGGGAGGAGUCCUCUCGUAUCUCCCUCCCUCCCUCCCCCAUCGCUGUUUAUUCAGCCAAGAAAAACAAACAAAAAAAAUUGCACAAGAUAACCACCAAUGUAUAUAAGCUAUUUUGUCAUUUAAAACCAAAUUUCUCAUUUGCAGCAUCAUUUUUGCCGCAAUCCUGUUCCCCAGCCCUUAAAUAUUAUAUGAAACCCUGCCAUGAAAUAUGCAAGCAUUUCAGCAUUUUGCUCCUGUUUAAAAACAGAAAUCAUUAAUUUUUUUUUAAAUUUCCUCCCCGCUGCUGACCGGCUUUUUAAAAGAGACAAAAUGUUUUUGAGAGGAUUUUAUAGUUGAAGCGCAAUCUUCUUUUAAAGCUCUAGUUCUAUAGAGCUUUUAAAAGGCAAACGUAGAAGAGUAUUGGAGUCUGGUGCCUGAAAUUCUUUUUCCUGUCGGACACAUAGUCAUUUUGCAAUUUUUGCAUGCUGCCUGUGAAGAUGAGAAGACUGCUGUGACCACCCCUCCACCACUAGCACACCUCAGACAUGUCGGCAUGGAUCGCUUCUCAACAUCGUCGUCGUCUAAACGGCACAGUGUUCAUGUCGGACUGAAGCACAGAACAACACUCUCAGCUGCAGUUUUCCCUCAAUAAGAUUCUGGACACCAGCCCAGAGAAAGAAGCAGCACUGGAUCCUCUCGUUUGGAAGCAGACUGGUGAAAGUGUAUCAAAAACUAAUAGGCUCAAGAAAAGUGUUCUUCAUUAUUUUCAAAGAGUGAACUGUGUUUGUGCGGAACUUCACAGUUUUAAGGUUUCCGCCAGAGAUGGAGGACAUUUUAAAAGCUAGCUUAGCUGCAGCCUGCUGGCACACUGUGAAGAGAGAAGGGCUUUAGUUGGUGAAACACGAGGAUGACACGCCCACGACUCCCACUGAAACAUUUAGAGAAGUGACACAACAGAAAAGGACAAAAAAAAUAGUAAUUCUGUGGCUCAGAUAUUUGUGCGCUUAGCUGACGUUCUUUUGCCUGUUUGAAUUUUUGAUCUUGGACUGUAAAAUGUCUCAGUCCAAUGAGGCCUCUAGAGAGCACUAGAUGUGAUUAUUGAAAAGAUAACAUUUCCUUCAGCCCUAAGCUACACAGAUGGCCCUACACUGUGUCUAGCCAUAAGUGUCGUCACUCUUGCAUAAUGCACAUCAAAUUCCCAGAUUCUUAUUAUUAUCAACUCUUAUUUGGCCACCAUGUGUUGUAAUAAAAAUCAAGGACAUCAAUGUGCAAAAGACGUGAUUACAAAUGUUGCAUGCAGGCAGAACACAGUGGAAAGAAGCAGUUCUGUGCAUGUAUUCAGCUGUGUAAUCAACAAUACAACUACAGUUGAGCUGCACAAAAUGACCUUCCAGACCACAGUGCUGAGUUCAUCCUACAUGUUAAUGUAUCCACCCCAUUCUUCAUUUUAACUGAGCUGAAAUAGCCUUUGUGUAAAAAUCAGUGAACCAAAUAACGUGGAAACUUUCCUGAGAAACCAACACAGCACCAAGCCUGAUGAUGUUACACACUGCUAUAUACUACCAGUCUAAAGUUUGGACACACCUUCUCAUUCAGUGCUUCUUAUUUAAUUAUUUUAUACAUUGGAGAUUAAUACUGAAACUAUAAAAGAAUACAUAUUUAAUUAUGUUGUAAACAAAAAAGUUUUAAUCUUCAGUAUUAAUUUACAAUGUAGAAAAUAUUACAAAUAAAUAAAAAGCAUUGAAUGAGAACUUUUGACUGGUAGUGUAUGUUCUGUUUUCAGUUUUGCACCUUUGGUCCUUUGUUUCCUUUAAAUGCCCUUCAUUUUUCAGAGUCACAUCCAUUGAUUGUUAGUGACAACUCUGGUGCUUAUUCUUUCAGUCAGUGGUUUAAAUGCAGGACAAAAAAGCUCUGGCAGUGGCAGGCCAUUCUCCUCGUUUUCUCUGGCAUUGUGCGAUUAGUUUUUUCUUUUUAGACCACUGCAGACAGCAGCGAGCUGCUUUAGACUUUGUCUCAGAGGAGCUUGUGAUUAGUCGAGGUAUCAGUCAUGUAUAUAACAUGUAUUAGCUGUCUGAAGAGCCGGGAGGAGGGACGACAGUGAAGAGAAACAUUUACUAUAGCAAAAGGAGCCGCCUUUUGAGAGACGUCAAAACUGCAUAACUUUGUGCUUCCUUUUGAACAGAAACCUGUAAUCAAAGAAAAUCAACUGUGUAUGUGAAUAUUCAUUGUAUAAAGAUAAUGAUGGUAAAUGAAGUACUUAAAUAUUAUAAUUAAUUACACAGAGCCGCCGCUCCAUUGAUGGAAAUCUGUGAUGCCUUUGUUCUUAUCAGAAAUAGAUGGGUCGUAUCAGGGUGCCUUCGUCGCAGCCGGUAACUACGUCAAGUAUCACCUGGAUAGUUCCAGAAAACACAGCUCAUUGAUACCGUCUAUCAGCUCAGUACGUAUUAAUGCAGCAGGAGGGUUACUGCGGGUUAGGCUGCCUGAAACGCACCCAGACUGUAACAUAUCGCGUGUAGAUACACACUGUAAACACCAACUACACUGUACAGAAUGCCCCUUUACUGGAGACGAUGUGUAUAGAAGAUUCAUUUUUAAUCUGCUUUCACCCAUUUUAAAUGGAGAGAGAUGGAUUUAUGAGAUACAAAUAAAGAAGUGAAUAAACCCUC